UCCCUCAUCAGCCACUCACUACUUAUGCGGUCCACUUCCAUUGUUCUCUGCUAGAUUGUUAAGUUGCCACGUAUCUCAUGUCUUGCUCUCUAGCCUCUGUAUCUGUGUUCUGUUCAUCUGUUGUACCCAAGACCUGUUACCUGCCUGUUUUGGACCUUGCCUGUUUAAUGGACUUUUGAUUCUUGCCUGCUCCUUUUCAGAUUUGUUUGCCUGUUUGGACUGCUGUCUCUGGUUUUGACCCUUGCCUGCCUCACCAUCCUGUAUGCUUUUGUACCUCCACUUUGUAUAUUAAAUCAUCGAACUACAUCUAGCUCUGCCUCAGAUGUCUGCAUUUGGGUCUAUCCCCUGUAUCCCUGUUGCCCUUCUUGCACCAGCCAUGACAGAAUUAUUGGCCAAACAUGGACCCAGUGGACGAACUUGGUGAGGUUUCAGUCUGCUUCCCAGCCAGCUAACCUGCAGCAUGCUAGCAACCAGCAUAAUAGCCACCAGCAUGAUAGCGACUAGCAUAAUGGCCUUAAGCCUGCAUCUCGGCCUGCACUCCAGCUGCAUGUCGGCCUGCACGCUGGCCUGCCAGCCUUCAGCCUGCAUCCCAGACUGCUCACAACCAGCCUGCACACCGGUCAGUUAGGCUCUAGUUUGUGAGCCUGCAGCCUGCCCAUCCUGAGCCAGCUAGCCAGCUACCUGCCUGAACUGAUCCUGCAUUCCCUGAACCCCACGAGCCUCAUAUGGAAAAACCAAGGAGCCACCCUGUCAUCCAGUGGUCAUACUUUGGGACUCGCCUUGCCGUUUUUACAGGGUACUUUGGAGUCUCUAAAAGGAGGUGUGGUCCCCAUGGUAUGCGACACCACUGGCUCUCUCAGCAGUACAGUCCCACAGAGUCUCCGCUGCCCAGCACCCUUGCCGACAUCCAGCUUGUUCUUGAGCCAUCGGCUGCCCCUGCUAAUGUCCAGCCUGUUCCCGCGCCGUCAGCCACACCUGCCGACUCCCUGUCUGAACCCACGUUGGCCACCCCUGCCAAUGCCCUGCCUGAACCCCAGUCAGCCUCCUAUCCCGACACUCAGCCAGAAGUCCAGUCAGUAGCCCCUGCCAACUCACAACCAGACCUGCAGUCAGCCGUCUCCGCCAACCCACAGCCAGACCUCCUAGAACAUCAGUUGGCCGUCCUUACCAACACCUAAACAGACCUCCAGCUGCCUGCCUCUUGCUCUGCACAGCGGUCUGUCUGUCCUACACACCCUGUCUCAGAUUCAGUGUGGAAUUAUACAUUUAAUAAAACGGAAGCAUAUCU